GGCAGAAUAGAGGGAGAACGAACAAGAAGACGGCGGGAAGAAGAUUGGCAACCUUCGAUUUGUAGUAAUGGAGGCAUGCACCGACUCUGUGGUUUCACUUUUGCCUCACAUAUUGCCGGUGCAUCAGUCUGAAGCUGCUGAAAACAAGGCUUCGACCUCAAGAAAGCGUCGGAGAGCUCUGGAAGCCAACGGCGGUGUACAGAGGAAGGGGAGAGAGAAGAGGAAGGAGAUGAGUGAGAGUUUCGAUGUUCUUCAAUCUCUCGUCCCGAAUCUCUCUCCUAAGGCUACGAGGGAGACUAUUGUUUCCGAGACGAUCCAGUUCAUCGAGGAUCUACAGAAGCAGUUGAUGAGGCUGGAAAUGGAGAAGAAACCAUUGGAAUCGGUGACGAUGCUUCCUAGUACGAACUCGGAUUCACCAGGGGGCGGCGUCAUCGUCUCGGUCUCCAGCAACAUCGUGUUGUUUGGGAUUAUUUUUGCUUCUGUUCGACGAGGUAUGGUGACACAGAUUUUAAUGGCGUUUGAAAGACACCAGGCUGAAGUUCUAGCAGCGAAUGUUGCAGUCAGCCAUGGCAAUUUAACUUUAACUGUCACAGCUUCUGUACAUGGUUACGUAGAGAACACCAUAGAGCAGAUUAGAAACGAUAUCCUAAGCUUAAAGAAGUAAUAAACCUCCAUUGUUCACGAGAUUCUUGCCUUCUUAUUUACUACGAGAGGGAUGUUUAAUG